AUGGGGAAGACUAGAAGAGCAGCAUCCCAGGACCACUCCGGCCCGACGGGGACCCGAUACCCGCCUGGCCCGAUGGACGGGUUUUUGGCGACGCCACGAGGCCUCCGAGAUGGCGGGGACUCUGACACCCCGGGCCCCACAUCCCCUGGAUCAAGCGCCACCACCUCAGGUAGAGGCUCCCCGAUGGCGGGUACCCUGCAUCAACUGGCAGCAGACGUCGCCCGAAUUACAGCCAGCAUGUUAACGCGCGCAGACAAGGCGGACAUGGUGUCUGAACUGCGCGCCAUCAUCAGGGAGGAGGUGGCGGUGCUGCGGACUGACCUCAAUGCCCUGGAGCAGCGUGUAGAUGGGCUUGAGACCGGCCGCCUGCAAGCCGACCAGCGCCAGCAGGCCACGGACCUGGCUACUACCCGGCAGGGGAAUAUCCUGUUAGAUCUCCGGCGGCAAGUUGAGGAUUUAGACAACCGAGGACGGCGACAUAAUAUCAGAAUCCGGGGCCUGCCGGAAGCAGAGGGAGAGGUGCCACAAGAGAUACUCACAGGCCUCUUCGCGCAGCUGCUGGGGGAGAAUGCCCCGGAGGAUUUUGGCAUAGAGAGAGCCCACAGGGCCUUGAGAGCACCCAGGAGAGAUGGCCUACCAAGGGACGUGGUCUGCGCCCUGGCCUCGUUCCAGCUUAAGGAGGCCAUCAUGCAAGCGGCCAGGGCGCAGCCACGGAUCCUAUACAUGGACGCUGAGGUCUCGCUAUACCAGGACCUCUCACCGAUCACUCUAGACACCCGGAGAGCUUUGAGACCACUUACUCGCUUGCUGCAGGAGCGGAGGAUUCCCUACCGGUGGGGGUUCCCCUUUAGUCUACAGGCGCGGAUCGGAGCCACGUGGCACAGCAUCCGAUGGCCGAAUGA